AUAAGUUUAAUCUAACAAAUUUUAUACUCGGAUUGGAAUUUAAUACAUAUUUUUCGAAAUAAAGUCACCACGCUUCUCCUCUAUUGCUGUUUGACAUUUACCUGACAAUUGUCAUUUCGUUGCGCGUUUCCUUAUGUAAAUACUAGUAAAUACCGCUUGAUCAUAUCAUUUUUACUAUAAUUCUGAAUUAAACUCCAAGUACAAGACAAAAUGCUGCUUACGGCCCCACUCCUAUCGAAGUCUACCUUUUUUGGGUCCUUGGUCAAAAAAUGCAGGCAAGUGAUAAAAAAUCAACCGUCCAAGUCUUCCAACAUUAAUGACAGACAAACGAACAACAUUAACGAUUUACAAUCAUCAAAUUCUUUCACUGCCACACACUCCGUAACUGCUCCUAUCUCCAUCUCCUCUACCGACAGGCCAGCGGCCAUUGCCAACUUCAGUGUAUCCACAAAUGUCACGACAUCUGCACGCACACUUGAAGAGAAACUUGGUCUACCACCACGACCAAAGAAACCGCUCACACCUUACUUUCGCUACAUGCAAGAACAACGUCCCAAAAUACUUGCAGAAAAUCCAAAAUUCAGCACCAUCGACAUAGUGCGCGUGUUAUCGAAGCGUUGGAGUAAUGCAGAUGCCGCAUUGAAAAAACGCCUGCAAGAUGAUUACAAACGUGAACAACAAGAGUUUGUGGAAAUCCGUGCCAAAUAUGAGGCGAAAAUGACUGAUGAACAACGUGCCGAACUGAAACAGCUUAAGCAAGAUGUACAAGACGCUAAAGACCGCAGAAUGAUGCGAAAGCGUAUUAAGGAACUCGGACGUCCAAAAAAACCUGCUUCUGCCUUCUUACGCUUCCUCAUACAAGAACGUACAAAUUCGCCACAAACGCCUAAGCAAACAUACCGUGAAUGGCAUCAAAAGUGCACAGAAAAAUGGUCACGCCUCUCCGAUAAAGAGAAAGAGGUGUACUUAAUAGAAUCCCGCAAAGACAUGGAAGUGUACAAAAAAGAAAUUGCGCUUUGGGAGGAGAAAAUGGUGCGCCUGGGAAAUAUUGAUGUUGUGCGUCAUGGUAAUUUGAUUGAUCCACCAGAACCAAAACCGAAGGUUAUCAAACCAAUCGCCUAGUCGGGUUUACAAAUUAAAUAUUUUUACUUAUCUUUAUUCAUUUGUUGUACAAUAUUAGGUGCAUUUUAUUUACAUUUUUGGCAUAUAAAAUACAAAAAGCAGGAGUGCAUAUUUCGUUAAAAAGUA